AUGCAUGACCUGCUGGAGAUACAGCAAGAUCAUGUUGUUAAUGCUGCCCCGGUGAUCACAGAUCACCAAUCAAUUCUGGAUCGGCUGUCCAGGAUCGAGGCUGCGCUAGGCAUCGCCGAGGAUCAAGUCACUUUGUCUCGUGAGGCAAGUCCCGAAGAAGAUACAGAAGAUGUCUCAUUGCGGGGAGUAUGGAAGGCACUUGCACAUUUACGAGUCAUUUCUCGUCCGCCCCCGGAUGAAAGUGUCUGGUCCCGUCGCGUUGUGAAACAACUAUGGACCUCAUUUAUAAAUGAUCUUCCGCUUCUUCAUUUUCUGAAGGAUCAUGGGGCGUUUACUUCCCCAACGCCUGUCCUCCUCGCUUCUGUGCUCUACAUAUCUGCUCUGCAUCACCCACCAGCCGGGCUGAGUUCGUUAAACUCGGGCUAUUUUACCGCUAUCUGUUGUGCUAUUGCGGAGCUUGCGACCCCACGUUUGCAUCGACGCUCCCUGUAUGCGGAAAAGAAGACAGAUGAAGAGCAAAAUGCUCCAACCCCACAAUUAAAAAGAGAGGAUGCAUUUCACGACAUCCUUGGCCUCAUUAUGGCUUGCCUGGGCUCUGAAGCUUAUAUUGAAACAACUGGAUCGUGGAUUGCAAUGGCAUAUCGUAUCUGGCUUGACUAUCUUCCAACAGAAAUGAAUUCCACCACACUGGACUGGCGUGGGUUAUUCUCUGGUCUCCAGGUCAUCGAUAUUGAACACGCCUCAAUGCACAUGUCAUACCCACUACUUCCACGACACGCACCAGCCCCAGGUAUACAAAGACUAGAUAGUCACCAAGGACAUGCCUUCCAGGGCCUCGCAGAAAUGAUGCAUUUUGGAUUGAGCCAUUUUGUUGGCCGUGGACUUCCAAGCAUCUGGUCUUCUAUCAAUGCUAGUGAGGCUGAUACCGUGCCUGCGACUUGUUCUCCAUUUACAGAGAAUGAUUCCCGUGUCAUCCGACAUUGGGCGCGUAAACUCGAUGACUGGUUGGUACGAUACAAUGGCGCAUCUCAGCCAACACCGUCUGAUCGAAAAGGUAUCCUUAUCCUACUACAGUAUCAUUUGCACAAACUAUAUGUCCUUUCAAUUUAUCACCCAGCUCGCGGGUUCGAGCUGAGUCCUGCGAACAUCAGCACUUUUGAGCGACAUGAGUUGCUAGUUUCAGCACGAGCGGUAUUGAGACUCAGACAAGAUGAUGCGAGCAUCUGGUCUAACUGGGACUUAGUAAUGAUCACCUGGGCGGCCGUGUUGCUACUGCAGGGCGUUGAAGACGGCAUAACUCACCAACAUGGUAAAGCAAAUUCCAAUCCCAAAGGGCAGCGCAAUGAACUCCUUCUGAUGUCAAAUCUAGAUCUGCAUCUCAUCCAAACCCAUCUUCAGAGCCUAGAACGAAGAAGUCAAUCUGCAACGAGCAUUCACGCCGUUCUAUCUCACCACCUCGAGUCCAACAUGGAAGCCAUGCACACUCCCCCAGAUACAAGCCUGGCACUAGCCUUCCCAGGACCCCGCGCAGACGACUCAUGGACUAUAUUCGACCAAGAAAUUAUGUCCCUUGCGAACCCGCCAUGGCUAUUCGAGGAAUCGAUGCAACUGCCACAGAUCCAAAAAUCAUCCGCAGUGCACCAGUUACAGGCUGGACUCCCACCCGUCCAAUACGAUUCGGUCAUGCUGGAACAGCCUUCGCAACACUUCGCAGCAAACACGCAGUAG